AUGUCUCACACCACACAAGCUCGGCUUGAUUCUAUGGUCGUUACCUGCACCACCUGGCUCUGUCGCUACCUUCUCUUGCUUGAAGUGCUGGCAUUCGAGCACACCCAUAUCCCGUCUGGGUUGCAUCCCGCUGUGGUUGAGUGGUAUCACUGGCACACUGCUGUUCAGUCACUUUUGCACUGGGCGGCUUCUGCUCAUUCGGACCUUGUGGAGUCCAGUUUGCACGUUCACUCGAUUGACUCCUACCCAUGGGUCCAUGAACUGCGCAUGCUUGUCGACUCUUUACCAACCCCCGGUGGUGCUCCAACCAGCAGGACUCACCCCGCUGUCACUCUGGAGGACGAUUCUGACUGCACGCUGUGCCCCGAGGACUUUGGUGGACAGUUCUGA